ACUCACUCACUCAUGCGGGCUGCACUGCGGUCUCAUGAGAAAACGCAGCUUUUUGAUAUAAAGUUUUUCUUGUUUUCUUGUUAAUAUUUUUUAAGUAUUUAUUCGAAAUAAGUAUUAGUAAAACACACGCUAUUUGUGCCUUUCCGAAUACCGUACUCGGCUCCACCCCUGAUAGAUAGAUAUGUCCCUUUCCAUUACCGUCAACUAUCUAAAAGCCGCGCCUGUAUUUAUUUCAGGUUCAGCCAGUCUAGCAUCGGGAAGAGCGCCUGAAUUAGCAGCUGUGUUAAAACGACCAAGCGCGAUUUACGUUAAUCUUUCCGUUUGUAAACCCUUUCCUUUGUGUUUUCGGCUUAUUUUAGCGAUUCUGAUUUUGAACGCGUUUGCUUCAUUACCUGCGCGUUAAUUUUUUUGACAACUGUACUAAAAUAUCUCUAUACAAGAAACAGGAAAGCAAAGCUCCGUGAAUACCUGGCAACCCUAGGCGUUAACUGCAGUUGUCGGGUGACACACUGACAGUUAGUUCUUCAGUUCCCUACCUUUACUUACUAUCCUACAUUUUAUGUGACUUGGGAGCUUAAUGGAUUCCUACAAACGCUUCAGCGACGAUAAUUACAAAAACUGGCUGCAGACUGCUGAGAGUCUGUACAUACUGAGGAGCCACAUUCAGGAGUUUGUGGAAAACGAAACCGAAACCUAUCACAAGUCUCUUCUGGGAAAGUUAAAGGGUAACGUUUGUGGAUCAAAAUGUAGUCUCCUUAAAUGUUCACCAAAACUAAAGAAGUUACCAAUUUGUGAUAAGUGUCAGCUGUGGAAAGAUGCAAUCUUGGACAAUCAUAAUCAGAAGGGUAUUGACAUACCCUGGAAUAACUGCCAGCCACAUCUGUGGCCUACAGACAAAUGGGAAGUGGCCAAGGUUUAUAUGAUACGUGGAGUAAAAAGACAUUGCAGUUUUGAUCAGUUUGACAUUUCUGCCAUUCUGAACUUCAUGUAUCACUGCAAGUACUUUGCAUCCUUUACACCAGGCCAGUAUCUAACCAAGGUCAUCAAUGUGAGAAACAAGGUGAUGCAUUCCCCUGACUUCAGUUUAAGCAAAGAGGAGAUGACCGAAAGUAUAAACAGUGUUCUGGAGCUGGCUAAGAUUCUUAAGAAACAUGUACCUGGAUUAGAAAACAUAUCAGAAAAGAUACAGAAGUUCAAGAGCAUUUUGGAGAGAUGUAGUAGGCAGGUUUCAGAGCGUACAGAAGACAGCAAGAAUGAAAGGCUAAAGCUGCUAGACAGAGAGCAACAUGCCCUGAAGGAGAAGAUUGAGUUCCUGGCCCAGUGCUAUGAAGAUGAUCAAAGCAAAGAGCUCAAAAAAGAGCUGCAGGGCAUGAAGAACUUCCUGGAGCAAAACAAAGAUUUGCUGGAGAACUUGGGCCCUCAAUUGAACCGGUUGAAUGAAAUCCAUGAGAAGGUGAAAGAGCAUGAGAAAGAAAUCAACAAACUGAACACACAAGUGGACUUCCUGCUAAACUUUUCACCUGACCCAAUGUUCACUGGUGAUGCAUAUAAAUAUAAGAAUCACGUGUUUGAAGAGGCUCGAAGAAGGAACAUGCCAGAUCCUGAAUUUAUGGAAGAAAGUGAAGCUAGCGGUUACAGGGGUAUUGUGACUGUGAAUGGGCGUACAUUUAGAGGUCUGCAGGUUUGUAAAAAUAAAAAAAACGCCCACCAAGAGGUUGCUAAGAUAGCCCUGGAGUACAUGAAAUCCCACCCUGAUUGGAAAGAAGAGACAGUUGAAACCAUAUCAUCAAUAUCCUCAUCUACAGCAUCGUCAACAAGCAACACAUAUUAUGGUAUUGUGACUGUGGAUCUUAACAAACAAGAGGUUGUGUCUGAUGGUUGUGAUCAGGAGCAGGAAGCUACUGAAUCAGCUUACAGGAAACUAGCCUGUCAGUUUGGCCUGAGGUCUCUUGAUGCAGGCAAUACUUUUAGGACAGCUGUCCUGGAGUAUUUUCAGAGGUGUAAUUUCCCGACCCCAAUCGAACUACCAGUUCACCAAGACAAGUUCUUUUGCAAACUACAGAUCAGUGGGCGUUUCACCUUUUACGACAAAGAUGGCUCCUCAAAGAAGAAACAGGCAGAACAGCAGGCAGCUAAGGUGGCCUUGCAGAAUUUGUCAAUGAUUCUUAACUGUAGGUCUCUGGAUAAUGCUGGUGAAAACUGGAAAGGAUUUCUGAAGGAAAGUCUAGAUGCUCUUGGUCUGCAGCAACCUGAGUAUAAUUUUGAAAUUAGAAAAACAGGCAUUGGUGAAGAUGUAGAGGGAGCCGCUCCUAAUGAAGCCAAUUCAGAAACAUCUGCUACAAAGGUAAGUAACAAGAAUGAUAGCCUUCAAGCAAUGAACAGUGACAGAGUGGUCUCGGACCUGCCUAAAGCUGACACAUCCAGUGCUGUUGACAAUGAGGAGACAGAACCACUGGACUCCACCGGAGUGGAUUCUUCAGCCAUUAUCUUUUUCGGUGCUGUGACUGUGGCCCUCAACAACCAAGAGGUUGUGUCUGAUGUGUGUGUUCAAGACGAGGAAGCCACUGAAUCAGCUUACAAGAAACUAGCCUGCCAGUUAGGACUGAAUUCACUUGAAGGUAAAAGAGCAGUGCUGGAGUACUUUCAAAGACAUAAUUUCCCACCACCACUGGAAAGCUCAGAUUGCAAAGACGAUAAGUUCUUCUGCAAACUCCUGCUCACUGGUCAUUUCACAUUUUUUGACAAAGAUGGCUCUUCAAAGAAGAAACAGGCAGAACAGCAGGCUGCUAAGAUUGCCCUACAACAUUUGUCAGGACUGUUUAACUGCAGGUUUGAGACUGGACCUGUCAAAAACUACAAAGGGAUUCUGAAGGAACAACUAGAUGCACUCCAUCUUAAAAGCCCUGUGUACACAUGUAGACGAAAAGACGAACUUACUGCAGCAUCUUGCACAACAGCCAUUAGCAAGAAAUUUUGUCUUCAACCAAACAUUCAGGAGCGUCAGGUAACGGAAACACCGGAUCCAGGUCCUCACACAUCUCCCAACAUGGAUAAUUCAGCCAUUAACACACUUCUAGCAUUGUUUCAUCUCAAGCCUCCAUCUGUAACCUGUGAGGGCAUCAGCACCGAGAUGGUUUUCAGUGGUCGCGUGGACAUAAAGUUGGAGGAAUUCACUUUUCAAAACAACAGCCAUUACACUGUUAAGAAAGAUGCCAUUCGGGAAACCUUUUUAUUGCUUGGGAAUGCUUUGGGAAUUUCUGAAACAAAAUUAGAUAAAACAAAUGCUUCCAUGCUGGUGAAAGAGCAUUUUUCAAAGAAGUCUCUUACCCUUCCUAAAGAAGUCUUUGAAGAGAACAAGUGUUCCCUUAAUGAUAUAUCAUACAAUUUAGUCUAUGAUGGAGAAGGUUCCACUGAGGCAGAAGCAAAGCGGGAUGCCCUGCAGAAAGCCCUGGACACACUAAGCUUGCUCUUUGGGUUCAACUCUUUGCCAAAAUGUAGCACAGUUGAGGAAACAGAGGUUCAGAUUAAUGCCUUACUAGAAACAAAAGGCCAAAAAAACCUAAUUUAUUCACCCCAAAGAAACCUAUAUAAAAGCUCAGUUGAGCUCCUGUUCAAAGAUUACACCCUUGAGAGCAACCAAGAAAAGAGGAAAAAGGAAAAUAUUAAUAAUCUCAGUAGACGCAUUAUGGGCCUGCUAGCGGUGGAGCCAGACUCGAAUACUUCAUCUUUAAGAAACUGCCUAGAUGAAUGGUUUAUACAGAAGAAUUUGAAGCAGCCUGUGUUUGAGAACACUGAGGAGGCUCAUGGAUCGAAAGUCAUAUUUUCUGUCAAAGUUUCCUGCUCAAAUCCAAACUGGGAAGAAAGCAGGAAAGUCGCAGAAGAUAAGUUGGUUGAGGUACUCAGGCAAAGGUUAAACUAUCUGUCUAAUUAAGGUAGAUUAUUAUGAGAUUUAUGAGAUUUGGGAUAGAAAUUUGUUUGUUCUUGUGUGAGGAAAUCAUUUUCCAAAACUUAAAAUUUUCAAGUUACUUUUUUUCAUUAUUUUCAGUGACCAUAUUUUCAGUAUUUUAAGGCAUCUCUUGUUAAACCUUUCCUUGUGAGACCAUAUUCUUGAUCAAUCUGAUCUCUCCAAUUAUUGUCCAAUAUCCAAUUAAUCCUUUGUACAGUGAAUAAGAUUGAGAAAAUUCCCACUCAGGAAAUCUGUUCUAUUCUAAGAUGGAUGAUGUAUUUCAGACAAUUAGUCAGGUUUCCUGAAACAUUUGUAAAGAUUAAUAACUACUAUAGAACGUUGUUCUACUGUAGAUUGUCAUUAUUUGCUAACAAUGCAUGCAUUUUGACCUCAAAAAAGACAGAGGCCACUAAUUUCAAAAGUUAUUUUUAGUGUAAGUUUUGGCCAAAAUAUUUGGCCAUAUUUUAUCAGAAAUGUCAGUUAUUCAAUACUGAUUGCUUUUUAUUAAACUGUUGUAAAAAAGCAAAAUCACACAAAUGGUUAUCGGCACUGAUCACAGAUUACUUUUAUAAAACAUUUUUAUUAAUAGGAUUUUGAUUCAUAUCAAGUAUCUGACAUUAACCCACAGCUAGAGAGUGUAGGGUUUGAAUGACUGACUGCUAACGGAUUCUAGGUAACUUAGACCGUUAUGGAAAACACUGUUAAAAGUCGCAGUGCAGUUAUAUUAAGUCUAAACUCUAUCGGAACACCAUCGUCAGACCAGAGACGCUCUAGAGGAUUAAUUAGGUUAUUAACUCUAAGGAAACUGAACAAAUAGUUCACAAACAUGGCUGAAACUUCAAAGUGCAAUUAGAUAUCCAGUGACUGUAAACGUGGACAUGCGGCUGUGUUUCGUCUGGUGCAGCCAUGUUUGUAGUUCACAAUAUGUACAGAAAAAAGUCUGUCGAGUCUGUAGAUUGACUUGACCUUACAGCUGCUUCCCCAAUCAGAUUAGUGGACCAGAACUAUCUGUUGUAUAACAUUAUAAUAUAAUAUUAUAUUCUUUAGUUUGUGAAACUCUAUUAUUUAUGAAUACAUACUUAGUUCUUAAAGGAAGGAGAGGAGAUAAUCUGAUUGGAUAUCUCAGCAUUACAUCAUUAAUGCAGUCAUUCAUUCAUCUUUACUGUUUUUCUAUGUACUUAUGUGCUUCACUGCACAAUCACACUGUCGGUGGUCAGAAACAUUCCGGCGAUAUUUAGUUUGUUGAUCUCAUGUCUUAUUCAUGCAUAUGCAUCGCCCGUAGUCUUUUAUGAGUCAUGAGAAGAGAAGGAAGGGGGAGGCCAGGCCUACUGACUGAAAAUCUUUUGAUGCUUAAAGGAGUGGAGGUGUCUGAAACACUUUCCUGGUACAAUGGGUUCAUUUUUAUGCUCAUUUUGUUAUUUCUUUUGUUUGAAAAAUCCAUGGAAUAGUUCAAUUCAAUUGAAUUUAUUUCUAUAGCACUUUUAACAAUUCACAUAGUCUCGAAGCAGCUUUACAGAAGUAUGGAAACAGAGAAAAAAAAAUUACUAUAAAGUUACUAUAAUAAAAAGUCACACUGCAUUUUUUGGACUGUUUAGUUAUCCAAGAACCUUAUCUAUGAAAGAGGCAUGGAUGCACUUUUAUUUUAAUUAUUAAAAUGUACACCGAUCAGCUGAGAGGUUAAAACCACUGAGAGCUGAAGUGAAUAACAUUGUUAUGAGUUCUGGAUUUCGAUGUUAAAAAAAAAGGCAAGUGUAAAGAUGUGAGUGACUUUCACAUGGGCGAGAUUGUGAUGGCUGGAUGAAUUGUACGGUUUUCCUGGUAUGCCUACCAAAAAUAGCCCUAGAAAAGAUGAACUGGAGACAUUGUCAUGGACGCACAAGGCUCACUGAUGUGGGAGUGCUGGCUAGCCAGUCUAGUCCGAUCCCACAAAAGAGCUACUGUAGUUAAAUUGCUGAAAAAUGUAACACUGGAUAUGAUAGAAAAGAGUCAGAACACACAGAAAAUCACAGCUUGCUGUGUUUUGGGCUGCAUAGCCACAGACAAGUCAGUUUGCCCAUGCUGACUCCUGUCCCGUGAAAACACCUAUACGCACGUGACUUUUAGAGGUCUUGUGGGUGUCUUGUGGAGUUCAUGACUCCGCGUGUCAGAUCUGGUGGCACAAAACAGGAAGACCUACGCAGGUGGUUUUAAUGUUAUGGCUGAUUUGUGUGCAUUGCUAUAGGGAAUCUGUAUUAUUUAUGUGUCACAGGCUUGAUAUGACCAUAAAAUUGAGUGUGUUGUAUUAUAUUCUAAUUGAGUUUAAUGUAUUGGGUUUUUAUCUGUACAUUUUUCUUUCAGGGUGUUCUUUUUAAAGUCAUUGCCUUUUUCAUCAUUCUUGUACUGUAAUGAUAUUAUUAUGCUUUGAUUUUAUAAUUAUUAGUGAAACUCCAGUAGCUUUAGUAGUGUACAGUUUGGAUACAACUAUACGUUCCAGCUGAAAGCAUGUAGCUGGAAUAAAUGUACAGUUCCGCACAUGUUUCUUACCACAGCUUAAAAAAAAAAAAAAGCAAAAAGCUAUAGAGACCAAAUGCACAGGAAGCAGCAUCUGUGUUUACAACAAAAAUGUGAGAACAGCUUGAAAUGUAGAUUGUCUUCCAAGUGAUUUAUCAAAACUAGCAAGACACAAAAAAGGGAGGUAGUAAGUUUGAUAAGAUUCUCUAAAAUAAUCUUGGUAAGAUGAUUCUAUUGGACCACCAUGUACCAUUACAAAUGCACGGACAGUCCGGUCUUUACUGUACACUACUGAACACUCUUUUAAUCAAACUUUUUUUUUUUUAAGUUCUUGAUACCAUUGUAUAAUUAUUAUAUUUUUAAACAAUUUUAUCUGAGAAUGUCUCAUUUGGUUUUAGUAUUUUAAUGUGUUCCAAUUUACACUGAAAAGCACUUUGCAAACUUGUUUUAAAAAAAAAAAGUCUGGAGUAAAAAUGAUAAUGAUGAUGAUGGUUAUGCUGUAUAUUAUUAUUAUUAUUAUUAUUAUUAUUAUUAUUAUUAAUAAUAAUAAUAAUAAUAAUAAUAAUAAUAAUAGUAAUAAUAAUAAUAAUAAUAAUUGUAUUAUUAUUAUUAUUAUUAUUAUUAUUAUUAUUAUUAUUAUUAUUAUUCAGUCUUCAUUAUACUUACGUUUCCCACUAAGUAGUGCAAAUUCACUUUGGUCACCAUCAGUUAUUUCCUGUGGAAGAUAUGUGCACUUUGCCCGUUUAUUUUCAGAACCACAAUACAUCAAAAAAGAGUGAGCAGUUUCAGUUUUGAUUAGCUUGAAGUUGUGGCAUGUGGGUUAAAUGUGUUCAAGUGUGCGUGUCACUUGUUGAUGCAGAAAUGUUUCAACACUUCUGCUGUUUAUUAUUAUUGUUGUUGUUGUUGUUGUUGUUGUGGAUGGUGGUGGUAUUUCAGCAAGUUCUGCUUUAUGACAUAACACAUAAAUAAAAAUUCAACAGUAAAAUGUA